AUGAUGCAAGUUCCUUCUGGAAUGCAGCUCAUGCAGAUUCCAACUCAAGGUGGCGGCACUGUUACUGUCCCUUAUUCUAUGAAUGCUAACGGUGAGAUUGCGUUCAGUGGAAUGCAACUCAGCCAACAAGGGUUCUGUGGUGCUCAAAAGCGCCAAGGAUUCAAUGCAACUCAAGCUCAAACUCCGCAAGUUGUGAAAACUGGAUAUUUUGAUAUGUCAAAUGUCUUUCACGAUGAUAUCAAGGGAAAGGAUGAGUAUGGCAAUGCUGUCUAUCUUAUUCCAUGUCCUGCUGGUACGACAAAUGUCAAACUUCAAGCCGACUGGCACUAUGCUAGUGAAGAUGAAGAUUUGCCUGAUCUUGCUACUGAAGCAGAUCAAGGUCUGCAGUUUAUUCAAAGCCACAGAAAGGAAAGAGAUCCAUUUGGGUUGUAUGAUCAUGUCAUCAUGGACAGUGGUUGUACAAACACCACCAUUUGUAAUGGUGAGCUUAUGCAUGGACUCCGUCAUGCUGAGAAAGAACUUGACAUGCACACUAACAUGGGCAGUAGAGUUCUUGACGAAGAAGGUUUUCUAGGAAGAUUUCCACCUCCAGUUUAUCACGAUGAAGAUGGAAUUGCCAAUGUACUUGCUAUGCGCGAGAUGAUUGCUGCAGGAUACCGUAUUAUUAUGGAUACUGAUGCUGACAAUGCUUUUAUUGUGCAUUGUGAUGGAAACAGAAAGAUGCGAUUUGUUAAUUGUAAGGGUGUGUAUGUGUUGGAGCAACUUGGAGCGAAUGUCAAACCAGGUGCAAAAGAGACAAGUGCCAUGUACCGUCGACAACUUGCGGAGUUUGAGCUUGAUUUGCAUUGA